UUUAAUUUUAUUUUUUAAAUGCUUUUAGUUUUUUACAGAAUUUUAUGCAAAAAAGUGUUGCCACUACAAACUUUCUUCAUCCUAGAGUUGUGCAUUGUAGUAGAAGAAAUUUGGCAACUGCAAAGGCAGCUGUCGAUCAAAUUCUUCGUGCAAAUGAAAGGACAAUUAUAUUUUCUGGAGAUGAACAACAGGCGAUUGGUAAAUAGGUUUUUUUGUUAUUAUCGUUAGUUGGGGGAGCGGGGAGUUGAGUUUAUGUGGGGGUUUUUAAUUCCUGCAUGUUACUAUCAAGAAAUUGGAAGUUUUCUUCCUAUACAUAUUUUCGAGGGGAUUUGCGGACUUUCUUUUUUAGUCCGCAAAGUUUACCUUAUGUUUUUAAUGUCAAUUUUUGUUUCCAAUUCUGAUUUAUAUUUUAGACUCAUUUUUCUUGAGAUUUUAUAUUUAAAGCUCGAGUGGAUGUCGGCCAGGUUUCCGCGAACAAGC